AUGGGAUCGAAUCAGGAUCCUGAACUGAAAGAUGCCAGGCAAGGUGCUAUUGGGACACCACUGUGUGAUGAACCGAUUCUUACAAGGCGAAAGUUGAGGAUCGUCUGUGUCGGAGCCGGGUUCUCUGGCCUCACGCUGUCACAUAAGAUCCAACAUGAGUUGAAGCUGGAAGAUGCCAUUGAUCUACAUAUAUAUGAGAAGAACGCUGACGUCGGAGGGACCUGGUAUGAGAAUACUUAUCCAGGUGCCGCAUGUGAUAUCCCAGCUCAUGCAUACACAUUCCUCUUCGAGCCGAACCCAAACUGGUCCAAGUUCUACCCCGGUCAGCCCGAGAUUCAAGCCUAUAUCAAAGCAACUGUUGCAAAGUAUAACCUUGACAAAUAUGUGUCGCUAAAGUCAAAAGUCUUGGAGACUGUCUGGGACGAUGAGGUGGGAAAGUGGAAGAUAAAGAUCAACACAAAUGGAGUUUUGCAGGAGGAUACUGCGGACAUACUUGUCAAUGGCUCCGGUUUCCUCAACAAAUGGAAAUGGCCCGAGAUUGCUGGGUUGCAGGACUUUCAAGGAAAGCUCGUGCAUAGCGCCAAAUGGGACAAUGACUACUCCUGGGAGGGCAAGAAAGUAGCAGUCAUCGGCAACGGUUCCUCGGGCAUUCAAAUCGUGCCGGCGAUGCAACCAAAAGUAUCGAAACUAGUCACCUACAUCAGAAGUCCCACCUGGAUUUCGAUCAAUUUCUGCGCCGAUAAGACUGUUGAUGGCAAAAAUUUCUCUUACACAGAUGAGCAACGAAAACAAUUCAGAGAAAACCCCGAAGCUCACUUUGCUCUGCGUAAGGAGUUGGAGUCAUCCGUCAACGCAUUCUUCUUUGGCAUGAAGACCGGACAUCCAUUCCAGCAAGGUCUAGAGGCUGCAUGCAAGUCUCAGAUGAGCACCAUCCUCCACGACUAUCCUGAAAUGGCUAAGAAGAUGAUACCAAGUUUCCAUCCUGGCUGCCGACGCCUGACACCCGGUGAUGGAUACCUGGAGGCUCUUCAAAAACCGAAUGCAAGUGUCUGCUGGUCUCCUAUCAUACAAUUCACAGAGAAAGGCAUCAAGACAGCAGAAGGAGAAGAAGAGUUCGACAUGAUUGUAUGCGCUACUGGCUUUGAUACUAGCUUCAUCCCGCCAUGGAAACUCGUCGGUCUCAACGGUGCAACUUUGGAUGAGAGAUGGAAGACCGACCCAGAUGCUUUUCUGGCCGUUCAGGUCGACACAAUGCCGAACUACUAUAUGUUCAACGGACCGAACUGUCCUAUCUCGCAUGGUUCAGUCCUGACUCAAAUUUCUUGGACCUGUGACUACAUACUCCGCUGGGCACAGAAAAUUGCCACCCAAGAUAUAAAAUCCAUCACCCCUAAGCCUGAAGCAGUCGCCGACUUCAACGCGUAUUCGCAAGAGUUCCUCAAGCAAACUGUGUGGGCCGAUAAUUGCCGGUCUUGGUACAAGAAUGGAAAGGAAAGCGGGACUAUCACAGGCACGUACGCUGGUUCCAUUUUGCACUUCAAAGACUGUCUGGAGAAUGUCGGCUCUGAGCACUUCGACGUGGUAUCGCGGAGCAAAAAUCGAUUCCGCUGGCUGGGCAACGGACAGAGCCUCUGGGACAAAGAUGGGAUGGGUGACUUGGCCUACUACAUGAAGUAUGUAGAGCUCAGAAACUGA